AUGAUGAACAAUAGUGACCUUACUGAGAAUGGGCUCACUUCAGGAGCUCCUAUGUCCUUCAUCCACCAGGUUGUGCCCCGUAAAGUCACUUUCUCACUAGAUGAGGAGCCAACUCGAGCUUACGAGAGUAAAGCCGGCGAGCGGCGGAUCAAGGCAGAUGGUAUCUUUUCACCCACUUGCCUUCCUGAACGGAAUGGAAUCCUGGAGUUCAGGGUGCGCCUGAUAACACACCGCAGCCAAAUCGGUUGUAUGGCUAAGCCAACAGCUGCUCCAAUGACCUCUGGGUCAUUAAAAAUCCAUUUGUCGAUGCCCAUGUCCAACUCUCCCAUGACCGCUGUAAACAAGGAUGAAUAG